AUGCAAUCAGGGCUGGAUCUGACCGUCAAUGGAGGCUGGCGUAUGCGCGAUGAGGGUGCACCGCACUACAUCGCCAUGAUGGACCAGACGGUGUACGGCCACCAGCAGACGCUGUUCAUUCCGAUCACGCACAAGUCGGUGGAGGUGACGAUGCUGUUUGGAGAUGCUCAUGUCCGUACCGACACGUACGCAGGUGUCUCCGUACCAUUCGUAUUCAACGCCGAACUGAAGCCCCUGCGGAAUACACUGUUCCUGAUGAAGCAGAAGGAUGCUGACGAGUACGCUGGCAAUGUGGUUGGUGGUUCGGAGGAGGAUGACGUCGUUGUGUUGGAGAACCAGUUGCUGCGAGCUGAGAUCGGGAUUCCAAUGCUACUGAAGCUUUGCUAG